AUGGGUAAAGCGAGGAACCCAGUGACCACUCAGCGGCGGCGACGCCGGCGGCUGAGACGGACCCCAACCUCGUGGGCAGCCAUCGCAGUCAUGGGCGCUGGUGGCGCGCGGUGCCCACGAGUGCAGGUCGGGGACGGGAGCCUAACCGCGGGCACAGCGCGGGAUGCGGUUCUCAGGUGGCGCGGGAGGUCGCGACGUAAGUUCUGGCGGCGGCGGAGGCGGAGGCGGCGGGGUCGACGGGCGCGGUCGCGGGAGGCGCUCCCCAAAGACCCCGCUGCAGCGCCUGGAGAGCUGGACCUGGGCACGCAGCGGGAGCGUUGGGAGGAGUUCCGCAAGCGGCGCGGGCUCAGCUGCGAGGGCGCCGCCAAGUUCCUGCUGGACACCUUCGAGUUCCCGGGCCUGGUGUGCCACAGCGGGGGCUGCCACUGCGGUGCCGUGCGCUUCACCGCCUGGGCGCCCGCCGACCUGCGCGUGCUGGAGUGCGGCUGCAGGUUGUGCACCAAGAAGCAGCACCGCCACUUCCUCGUGCCCGCCGCGCGCUUCACGCUGCUGCAGGGAGCCGAUAGCAUGGUCACCUACGCGUGCAGCGCGCCACCGGCGCUGCACAGCUUCUGCAGCAGGUGUGGCGUGCAGAGCUUCCACGCCGUGGCCUCCGACCCGCGCGUCUACGGCGUGGCCCCGCACUGCCUGGAUGCGGGCACCGUGCGCAGCGUGGUCGUCGAGCCUGCAGAAGCUGGCGCCUGGCGGGAGGCAGCUUCCAGCGAGCCGCUGAGUCCAGGGGGCACGUCUCCGCGGGUAACGCCUGCUUGGGCUGCUCCCGACGCGGGGCAGUGA